AUGAGAGCUUACUUUAUGCAAAUUCAAACUCGAUCUGCUGAUGAACCAAUGACAACUUUUUACAAAUGUUGCAAUUAUCAAUGUGGACACAACUGGCGAGAAUAAAUUUAAUUGUAAAUUAUAUGUUUCUCACCUAAUAGUACAGCUGGAAAUGAGAUUGUCUAUAUCUUUGUUGCAUAAAUUAAUAAAUCCAUAUACAAUGGGGCCAAUAAAGCAACGUUUGAAUCAUGCCAAACAAACAAUAAAAGAUUUACCUGGAAUUAAUCAGUGGAUGUGUGGUGGUUUUCGUAGUGCUGCUAUAGCAGCAGAGUUACUGCGUAAUGGAAAAAUAAUAGCAAUACCCACAGAUACAAUAUAUGGUUUAGCUGGCUUAGCACAAAAUGAUGAUGCAAUUUCAAAACUAUAUGACAUCAAAAAGAGAGAUGCCAGUAAACCUGUUGCUAUUUGUCUUUGGAAUGUUAAAUGUAUUCCGGAUUGGGCGAAUACAGAGGAUUUACCUACUGGUCUCGUUGAUGCUUUAUUACCUGGACCUUUCACUCUUGUUUUAAAACGCAAAGAAACUUUAAACAAAUCUUUAAAUCCUGGUGUAGAAAAUGUAGGUAUUAGAGUUCCUAACAGCCCAUUUAUACUCAGUGUUGUGAAAAUGUUAGACCAACCAAUCGCUUUAACCAGUGCCAAUGAAAGUAAUCAAAGGAGCACUUUACAUCCUUCUGAAUUUGAAAAUUUGUGGCCAGAACUUGAUGGAGUGUUUUAUGAACAUGUAGGUCUUGGGAUACAGAAACAGUCAUGGAGAAACGGAUCAACUGUGAUUGAUCUAUCUAUCAAAGGAAAAUAUACAAUAUUAAGAAAAGGUAUUGGCUAUCAAAAAGCCAUAAAUCAUUUAAACAAAUACAAGUUACAGCAAAUAAUAAAAAAAAAGUGUAAAGAAAAAUCAAAAGAAAGUAACGAAGAGGAAUGUAAAAUAUCUGAAACAGCACAAUGUUGAUAAACUAUAAUAUUGAUGAAAUAUAAUUGUUAAACUAUUGAUAGAAUUCACUUUGUAUAAGAAGAAAGAAUUUCAUCAACUUGAAAUUCAAUCGUUACAUAAAAAUUACAGUUUUAUUUAUUCUAAAAAAUUUUUGCAUUUAUUUUCAAUUUUUCUAGCAAUAAUAUUUUUAAAAUACGUUAUAAACUAUUUUUAUAAUAUUAAAGAUUGGAAAUAAAGUAUAAGAUUUUUUGUCAAUAUUACAUUUGUAUUUUUAUCUAAAUAACUAUCAUAAUUGCUGUUACACAGACACACAGACACAUGCGC